AUGCGGUCUGCGGUGGGUGCGUGUCCGCACAGCCGUCACCGUGUGCGGCGCAGGGCCACUGCGGCUGUGUGUGUGGCGCUGCUCGUUUUGUUGGCGCUGGUUGCGGCGGCGGCGUGGAUGCCCGCGGUGCAAGCGGUGGCGUUGCGACUGCGGGGCGGCACGGUGGACAGAGCCAUCACGGUUGGCCACGCCGUGGACACGGUGCUGAUGGACGGCGUGUACAUCACGAACGGCGUGGCUGUUGUGUUCGACGUUGCGGCGAUGCUUCCCGGCACACUGCGCAUCGACUUGAGGAACUGCGUGUGCGACGGCGGUGCGCAGAUCUACGUGCGGGGCUACAGCGACGAGCCGGCGAGUGACCGGAGCCUGGAGGUGAGCGUGAGCGGGCUGUCCGGGAGCUAUUGCUCGCUCGUGUUUGUGCACAACCUGCCGGCACACACGAACGUGACGGUCCGUGACUCGACGAUUGUGACGGCGGGGCCGAUGCACUACUCCCAGCUGAGCGGGCUGACAGACGCGGUGGCGUCGCCGCUUGUGCUGCACGCGACGUCUCUGUUGCAGACGCAGCUGCGUGUGAGCAACACCGUGCUGAGGUCGUUGCAGGUGGGCGGGUCUGCGGUGUACGUUGGCGGCGACGUGGACCUGCUGUCGAGCGCGGUGGUGCUUGACGGCGUGUUGCUGGAGGCCUCGGGCGGUCCGACCGCGUCUGCGAUGCAUGUGGCGACCUCGUCGCGUCUCAGUCUGCGGAGCCACUCGGUAUUCUCUGUGACGAACGUCUCGGUCGUGAGCAGCGGCGGCGGCUUUGUGCUUGGCGAGCGCCUUGCGGUGAUUGAUUCGGUGCUGCGCUUCGUGGGCGUCGAGGGGUCUGUUGCGUCGUCGCUGGUGCACUGCGACGGUGGGACGGUGGAUGCCGGCGGGUGGCUGGACCUGCACGACGUGUGGGCGGUGGGCGAGGCGUCGACUGUGGCGUUGCUGUCGGGGGUGACGCUCAGCGGCGGUGCCGUUUCGAUUGCACGCUGCGCUGCCACCGGCGCUACGAUUGUCUCCGGGCCGACGAUCACGAGCGGCGUCGUGUCGGUGCAGUGCAACCGUGCCGGUGGUCGGGUGCUGCAGAGCAGCGGCGACUACCGCAUGGCCGGCCUGCCCUCCGUGAGCGUGGUGCCGUGCGACGGCUGUGCGGCUGCGCUGGCGUGCUUCGAUGGACUGACGGCGUCCUUCUCCGAAUGCGUGUGCGGCUGCCGUGCCGGCGGCGUGGGCGAGGCAUGCCUGCCGUUCGACGUGCCGCCUGCGAGGGCCAGUGGCGGUGGUGGCGGUGCGCAGGACUGCGUGAGUGGCGUGACGCUGACGGAGUCGGUGACGGUUGGCGGCGGGCGUGCGACGGCGUGCUUCGACUCGGUGGUGUUCGGCGGGCCGAUCAUUGUGGCGGUGGACCUGCGCUCGAUGGACGCGUUCGCUGACGCGGUGAACGUGACGCUGCGCCACUGCGUGCUUGCGGGCGGCGCGCAGCUGCGGAUUGGUGGCCUCAGCGAGAGCACGGCGCGCCUGGUGCCCCACGCCCUCGUCAACAUGACGAACGUGACGUCGCUGGAGGGCACGAUCGUGCUGCAUGGCGCGAUGCCGCUGCACUCGAGUGUGCUGCUGGCGAACUCGACGCUGCGCGCGACGGUUGGCGGGUCGCAUUACGUGCCGACGACCCCUGGCCACGAGAAAUCCCGGUACGGCCCCGCGCUUGUUCUGGACGGCGUCCGUCUUCUGUCGACGCGGUUUGUCAUGACGCGGUCGACGCUGGUGUGUGGCGGGGGCUCGUGCGCUGCGAUCCUCUUGGAGCGCGGCCUCGGCGUGCACCUGUCCAGCGUCUUCUACAUGGACAACUGCGCUGUCAUGUCGCGGACGCACGUGAUGUAUGCUUUUGCGUCGGACCUGCGUGUCAGCGGCGACUCCGUGUUCUCCAUACAGAACAGCUCUUGGAUUGCGCCGAGCACCGAAUACGAAGGCGCGUGUGUGUUUGGGGAUGUUGUUUUGGAUGGCGGCAGCGUGCUGCAGGUUGUGUCCAGUAAUUUCCGUCUCGGCUUCGCCAUGCUCAUUGCAGAAACGCUGACCGUGACUGGUGGCAGCUGGCUGGUGCACCGCAACAACGAGUUCCGCACCGCCUACGUUGUGUA